CUGAAUUAUCGGGCCGUUCUCGUCCAACCCACGGUUUCGGUCGUUCCCGCCAGCAAUACCACGGUUCAUGGAAAGAAAGAAGCUUUGACACUCCGGAGAGCGCCGUCCUUCCCGGUCGAUCUUCACCGCCACCGAUGGCUCAGCUCCGCUUCUCCACUACUCCUCAUUCUCGCUUUCCCGCCCCCGCCACCUCGACUGCCGUCAUCCGGUUCUCCGGGCGGCACGGAUCCAUACAUUUUCCGGCGGAUUCUGCCCUCAAUUCCGUCCACCCUGCGGUUGGAAUCUCCCUCAAUCUCUCGCCUCCGUUGAGGAUUGGCGUCCGACCACUAGUGCGCACGACCACCGGGGAUGGCGCGGGGACCACCGUUGGAGGUGGAGGAGGAAGCGGAGGCGGAAGGAGGAAGAAUGGUGGCGGCGGAGGAGGUGGCGGUGGUGCCGGACAUUCUAGGGAGGAGGGCAAUGGGAAAUCGGACACUGGCGGCGGGAUCUUGGGGCUUUUCCUGGAAGGUUGGCGUUCUAGGGUUAGAGCGGAUCCCCAGUUUCCGUUCAAAGUGUUAAUGGAGGAGCUCGUCGGCGUCUCUGCGAACGUGAUCGGUGACAUGGCGACCCGGCCGAACUUCGGUCUCAACGAGCUUGAUUUUGUCUUCAGCACGCUGGUCGUCGGCUCGAUCGUCAAUUUCCUCCUCAUGUACCUCCUCGCCCCUACAGCCGGCGCAGUAUCGGCUUCUGCGGCGUCGAAUCCCUUCGCUUCAAUUUUUGCCGCCUGUCCGAAGAGUCACAUGUUCGAACCCGGCCCUUAUAGCCUUUUACAUCGAUCAGGGACCUUCAUCUGCAAGGGGGUGGUAUUCGCGGCCGUCGGGUUCGCCGCUGGUAUGUUGGGGACGGCGAUUUCUAACGCGCUGAUCUCCUGGCGGAAGCGGAUGGAUCCUGGGUUCGAGCCGCAGAACAAGGCGCCGCCCACCGUGUUGAACGCGCUCACCUGGGCGAUACAUCUGGGUGUGAGCAGCAACCUCAGGUACCAGACGCUUAAUGGACUCGAGUUCAUGCUCGCCCGAGCUCUGCCUCCGUUGGGGUUCGGGGCAUCCGUGGUCGCGCUCAGGUGCGCGAACAACUUGCUGGGUGGGGCCACUUUCGUGGUUCUUGCCCGUCUGACUGGGUCCCAGAAGGUGGAGGAGGAGAAGGCAGAGGUCAUCGAGGUGCUUCAGGAUAAUUGUGAUGGCGAGACCCACAAGGAUCAACAAGAUUAAUAAAAGCGGUUGGCUUUUCUUUUCGCCUCUAAGUUUUGCAUUUUUUGUUCAGAGAGCGAGAGAAUGUGAGGCAAAGAGGAGAGAAGUAAAGAUGGUGUGACAUAAAAUUCUCAACCUUGCAUUAAAUAAAUUAGAUGGCAUAUUUUUCCGACCUAGAAUUCUGCCUAUCAUUCUCCAUUAUUUGAUCCAACUUAGACGGAAUCCGCAAUUUUAUUAUCGGUUUGCCUGAUCUCUCUUGAAUUGCCAAUGAUACUUGUUUGAA